AUGUCGCCGCAACGCCCCAAUUUCAUCGACCUUCGGGCGCCUUCAAGCAUGUCCAACGUAUCGAGACCUUUGCGAUCCCCGAGACUCCACGUCGCUGGCGAGGCGCCCCCUGAACUGUCACCUCUUGAUGCCUUCGCCCUACAGAGUCGCCUUCUCGCGCGGCAGCUUCAAGCUGCCGCCAAUGGCGAAGGGAGGCGCAUGAGUCGACUGCCGCCUUUGACCACAGAGAGCCCGUUGGUCGUCCAAGGCCGAUCAGACUACUUCCGCUCCAUGUACGACUCAGGAGCCGAGGACGCUGCUCUUCCUGAGCUUCAGAACCCCGGGCUAGGAUUCAGAACCGAAGUGGAGGACGCCUUUCCGUCUGAGAAGGACCGACCCGUGUCGGUACAUCCUCGAAUGAGCCGAAUUCCGCCCACGCCUGACGAAGGCAUCCCUCUGCCACCGCAACCGCUGCCCGAGACGAUGCGUGGACGAGCGUUGGACGCAAUGGCGGAGGAUCAAAACGAGACGUUCUUUGGCGCCAGGAGGGAACAGUCCCCGGCGCCCCUGGAGCACCCACCUAACGACUCGCAUUUGCAGACUUCACCCCCGAGAAAGGACCUCUCAUUACCUCUGCCUUCGCCGGCACGAUCACGCGAGAAUUCAUUGACUGGAUCGCCCGGCAAGCCGUCGAAAGGACAUUCGUUUGAUGGGCCGGGAUUGGUACCUCCACGGCCCAACUUUGGUGCCCGAUCAACGACCUCCAUGUCCUCGCCUCUCGACAACUCGACCGACGACAUGAGCAACUCCAUCCAGUCCCUGCCUCCACGCAAGCUGUCAAGUUGUAGUGCAUAUGCCGUGUCGACGACCUCUCCCAAUCUCAACCCAGGCCCUUUUCAACGCUCACCGUCUGUAUGCUCCGAUGCCUCGUUGCCUCUGCCGCGACCGUCCUUCAAUUUUUCGAGACCCAUGAGUCGCGCCGGCACUCCUGGGCUGGAGACCCCAACGCGCCAGGCAUCAUCAGACAGCCAGCCGUCCUUCAUGUUUGCAAACGAUGACUCGGCCAACACCCCCGUUAGUAUGAACAGCGAGGGCUUCCCCGACUACUUGCCGGACGAUGGCAAGGCCGCCCCCUCAUACAUCUACUCCAAGUACUCCCUUCCUCGUGGCAAGAUUGUCCAAAGAUCAGUUCCUCUGGAUCCUCACCCUCAAGCAUCGAUCCAAUACGAGCAGCCCAUGUCGCUCCCGAGCAACGUUCAGGCCAUCCAGCGUGGAGCGCCUCCAUCGCCCCCGACCCGGCCGUCCAGCUCGGCGGAACCUGAUGACCUCAGCUUGGCCAAGCCAUCGUUCGAUUUUGGAAACCAAAGUAUGGAUCGUGGCGGCCCGGCGCUACAGCCAUCCCCGAACCCGAGUCGUCCGUCUACUGAGAGCCAGGCCUCAUCAGAGGACCCGAGAGGCCGUGCGCUUACCUCUCCAAUUCACGAAGCUGCUGCCCGAGGACAGACUGCCAUGUCCACGAGUACCAACGACUCCAACAGCACGGUCAAGGCCCCGCGCUCCCUAGCCUCAGGCGCCCCGACCACAUCUGAGAUGACCCCAGAGGAGCAUUUAGCUAAGGGCAUCGAGUGUCAUGAGAACGGCUCAGUCAAGGAGUCGACUUAUCACCUUCGUCAUGCCGCGAAGGGAGGCAACCCGACGGGCAUGCUUCUGUAUGCGUUGGCGUGCAGACACGGCUGGGGCAUGCGGCCCAACCAGCGAGAGGGUGUCGAGUGGCUGAGAAAGGCCGCCGAAUGCGCCAGCCUUGAAAUUGCCGAUGAUGAGGACCAUGUCAAGGAAGGCAAGUUUGUUGAUGCCAUGGAGAGAAGAACCCGUAAGGCGCAGUUCGCUUUGAGCAUCUAUGAGCUUGGCGUGAGCCACAUGAAUGGCUGGGGAAUUGAGCAGGAUAAGGCUCUUGCCCUGCGAUGCUUUGAGAUUGCCGGAUCUUGGGGUGAUGUUGAUGCGCUGGCCGAGGCCGGCUUUUGUUAUGCUCAAGGAGUUGGGUGUAAGAAGAACCUUAAGAAGGCCGCUGGCUUCUACAGACAAGCCGAAGCCAAAGGGAUGAACAUGGUCGGCAACAGCUGGAUUCACAAGUCGAAAUACAACGACGAAGACACGUCCACCAAGAAACCUCGCAGCAAGUCUAGGACACGCACCAUGUUCGGCAUCAAGACUGGUUAG